AUGGAUUUUGCAUACGAAGUCGACACAUAUGAUAACUCUACUCUUCAAGGAACAAACAAUAAAUAUGUAACUGGGAAAACUAACAUCUUAUCUUCCAUUUCAACUACAGAUUUCACUAAGAAACUCCAAUCAUUGUCUAUUCUCGAUAUUGGGCGCACGCCGAAGAAUAUGAAACAAGAUACGGAUACGAAUACAUCGAAAUCUUUAGAGAGAGCUAGGACUUCAAUUGAACUAUUGAAUACUCUUGGUUUAGACCAUAUUCCACUUUAUAAUAAUGAGGCUAAGGAGUGGGACGAUUACAAUCAGUUUUUUAUUGAGUCUAAUUUAGAUGGAAAAGAUUUAAUUAGCAAGCUGAACCGUUUGUUAGAAGGUACAGAUGGUUCUGAUCUGUCUACAAGAACCUCAUUAGAAUUGCUACAGAAGAGAGUUGACUACGAGAUUUCAUUAAAGGAUUCAUCAGCCAACGAAAUGAAGAGCCUAACAUCGGCUGACCAAGAGAGCAGUUUGGCACGUAGAAACCUAAGGGGCUUAAUUGAAAGUGACUUGGUUCAACAGUAUGCACAACAACUGAGGCCCUUUACAAAGGUUGUGAAAUCAAUUGAGUCUUUUAAACCGACAGUUGAGGCGAUAAUCAAUGAUUACAACGGUAUAUUAGAUUCUCUUGUUGGCGCAAUAAAUGAUACGGAUAGUUUGAAGAGUAAGAUUUGUGGCUAUGAAAAGGAGAAGGAGUUAGUUGACAUGAAGAAGAAUUUAUUACUUGCCUUCAAGAAUACCUACACGAUUUCUCAAUAUGAGGAAUACUUGAUCAGAUUUGGUGAUUUGAAUGAUCCAAUUGCGGGUACUGAAUUUUUUGAGGUGAUUGGCAGGGUCACUAAGAUUAUAAGUGAUUGUGAUGUCUUGUUAGGUAUGGAAAAUGAAACUAUUGGUUUGACCAUCAUGAAGAAAAUGAAUGAAUAUUUAUCUUCAAUUAAUGAAAAAGUCCAAAGUUAUAUACAAAAUAAUAUUGAAGAUGUAUAUACAGGAAAGUACCAAUACGAGACAAAAAAAAUUAAUGUCAAAGUGUUCCAGAAAUGUUUAGUUUACAUGUAUCAUCAUGACAGAGACAAUUUUGAUUCUACUCUGUCAGGAAUGGUUGAACAUAGAAGCAGAUCUAUUUCUACAGAAUUCAUCAAUCAGCUAAAAGGCUAUAACAGUGAGAUUAACACUAGUUCAAUACAAAAGUCAAAAUCCAAUCUUUUUAUGUCAUCUUAUGAUACAGCAAAGUUUAUCUCCGACACAUUAGCAUAUAUUCACGGCCUAUUAGUUAAUGAGAUUGAAAACGCACGCUCUUUUUUCACUUUUGAUAACGAGUCUGACGAAAAUGUCAUAUCCAAGGAUGAACUAGAUGCUAUGAUCAACGAUAUUGUAAUGAAAAUAGUUGCUGGACUUAACAAUCCAUUGAAAGGUGCAAUUGAAAGUAUUUUGAGACAAGAAGUUAGAUUGUCAUCAUUGGUUUCAUCUUAUGAAUUGAUAGAAUUAUAUUCCAAUAUGUUUAUGAAGUUGUUGUAUCACGAUAAUGAGGAUAUUCGAAAAGAGGGCUUGUUAUAUACAAUGAAAUACUUGGAAAGUGAAACCCAAGACCGUAUAUUUUCUCUAAUUGAAUUGAAAUUUAAGAAUCUACAGGUUGAAACAAUUAAUGAGAAUUUAAAUACAAGUGAUUCUGAUUAUAUUCCAGAUUGGAUGGUUGAUUGGUGUGCAGUUAUUGACGAGUUGUUCAAUGACUAUACCUCAGGCAAGAACCUUGACGACAACGAAAAGUAUAUUCUCGGCUUGGAUGAUACGAAAUGGGAUAGCCUUCUAGAAUUAUUGAUAAUGAAACCAGUAGAGCUGGUUCGUAAAUUCCAGAAGGAUUCUAAAGUUGACAAGAAGGAAAGCUUGAUUUGGGGAUUGAACUGCCUUGAUUACUUUUAUGAUAAAGUCGAUAUCAAUCCAUUUUUAUCGUCAAAAGCACCCGCACUGAGAUCUGAAAUUGAAGAUGACACAGAGAGGUUGACGGAAUUGGAGUUCAAUGGGUUAUUGGAAAGUUCUGGGCUAUAUGAUAUAUUUAAUUUGGUCAACAUGAUAUUCAGGAUUGAUGACGAAUAUUUUGAUGUCGCAUACUAUCAACCUAUUUUAGAGAACAGGUUGUUUAAUAUAGACACUUUUAUAAGUGCAAAUGCAAAGCUUGAGCAUUUUUUGUCUACAUACAUUAACCAGAAUGAGUUGAAUGGAUUGAUAUCACCUACUAUAUUCAACAAAGUUUUUCUUGAUUCUGCAACAAAGUACAUUGAUUUCUAUAAAAAGUUGUGCUUAAUCAUAAAAGAGUAUCUAAGAGACGAAAAUGGUAAUGAAGUUAAUGUUUUCCAAUGGAACGAAAUGACCAUCGCCACUUUACUUGGGGUUGAAGAUCACUAUCAAGGAAAAGAAUGA